AUUGCACGCAUUAGACGACUUUUGUAAAACUAGGUAGUUUCAAAAUAACUAACAACGUGACUUUGGUCCCUAAAUCUCUCUUUACCUAAAGUCAAUAAUUACAGAUAGAGAGUUUAAAUUUGGAAAGAAGAGAACAGUUCUUAGCUAUCUCAUUUACAUGCAGGUGAUAGAGGUCAGUCGCCAGCUCCAAAGUCAAGAAGAAGGGAAUUAUUACAGAAAAGUUAAAAGGGGAGCCUGAAAUUUUGAAACUGCCCACCAAGCUGCCUUACAACCCACGUUUCUUUCUCCCCAAAACCUGUAUUUAACGGGGUUCUGUACCUCUCGACACAAUUUUUUUCCCUGGGCAAAACAUCUUUGAACAUCUCUCAGUUAAUUAGAAGCUUUUCAGCUUCAUACCUUUUUUUUCCUUAUCACACAACAUCUUAGCUCUGUUUUCCUUGUGUGUAAAAGUUUUUUUGUAGAAACCAGUUUGAAAUUUAUAGUUGUUUGGGAUUUUUCUGUGUUGAUUUCUGGAAUUUAGGGCUUAUUGGUGAAACCAAUUUGAGAUUCAGAGAGGGUUUUAGUGGGAAAUUGAAGGAAUGGAAAAUGCUUCUGGGUUUAGUAAGGAAGAUGAAAAGAUGGAAUUGCCUCCAGGGUUCCGAUUUCAUCCGACUGAUGAAGAACUCAUAAGUCAUUACCUUUCUCCUAAGGUUCUUGACAGCUGCUUUUGUGCUACAGCUAUUGGUGAGGUAGAUUUGAACAACUGUGAGCCCUGGGAUUUGCCUUGGAAAGCUAAAAUGGGUGAAAGGGAAUGGUAUUUCUUCUGUGUGAGAGACAGAAAAUACCCAACUGGUCUAAGAACAAACAGAGCAACUGAUGCCGGGUACUGGAAAGCCACAGGAAAAGAUAAGGAGAUUUACAAGGCCAAAACCCUUGUUGGGAUGAAGAAGACUCUGGUUUUCUACAAAGGAAGGGCUCCCAAAGGUGAAAAGACCAACUGGGUCAUGCAUGAGUACAGAUUGGAAGGCAAAUACUCUGCCUACAAUCUCCCCAAAACAGCAAAGAACGAGUGGGUGAUUUGCAGAAUUUUCCAAAAGAGUAGCGGUGGGAAGAAAACUCAUAUUUCAGGGUUGGUGAGGUUGGGCUCUUUCGGGAACGAAUUGCGCCCUUCUUUAUUGCCACCUUUAAUGGAUUCUUCACCCUACAACAGCGACACGAGAACCACCGUCUGCGAAACGUCUCACGUUUCCUGCUUCUCCGAUCCGAUGGAGGAUCAGAGGACUCAGGAUGAUAUAAUUGACAGCUUCCAACACAACCACCACCACAACAGCAGCAACAGCAACCACAACCCUCUUUUAGCUUCUUCGUCUCGCUCAAACCCCUCUGCUCACUUAAACCCUUUCGACUCCAACCAAAUCACACCAAACAUCGGAUUCUUGCAGCACCAAGACUCUGUCUUGAUGCAGGACCAGUCCUUCCUGAGGAUGCUGCUUGAAAACCAAGCGCCAAACUUGAGGCGCAGUGCAAAAACAGAGCUCUCACAGGACACAGGCCUGAGCAUGGAUGUCUCUUCCGUUGUGUCGAACAGGGAAAUGGUUCAGGACGAUCCUUCAUACUCAUCUGCCCCUAUAGAAUUUGACAGCCUCUGGAAUUAUUAGUUGGAAGAUUAGCAUGAAUUAAGAGAGGGUUUUCAGGGAUUUGUAAUUAAUUGUUGCUAAAUUAUAGUCUCCGUGUAUAGAUACUCUUGAUUGAAUCAUAGAAGAACCAAGAAAGAAAAAAUAUCCAUGGGAUGAAUAUGAUUAUCACUUGUUUGUGUAAAAUUGAUUCGUUACUGAAUGCUAAUUCUUAUGAAUUUGGUA